CUAUCAAUCUAGAAACACCAGAGGAUGUUUCUUUGGAACUGCAUACUGUGUGCAAUGUCUCUGAGCUUCACUUAAGUGUGAGAAAAAAUUUAAAGCGCCACCAAGAAAAACCAUGGCCUCAGCUACAUUUAUCAAGAAGUUGAGGGAGGAAGCUACCUGCUCCAUCUGCCUGGAGCUGAUGACUGAGCCCGUAAGCAUCAACUGUGGGCAUAGCUACUGCCACCAAUGCAUGGUGGCUUUUACUGGGAACCGAAGCUCUGAUACAUCAUCUCCAGGGAUAUUUCGCUGUCCCCAGUGUCGGAAACCUUUUCAAAGUGGUAGUCUCCGGCCCAACAAGCAACUGAGAGGUAUGAUCGAAACCUUUAAGGAAAUGAAUGAGAACAUGUGUACUGAACAUGGAGAUCAGCUCCACCUGUUCUGUGAAGAUGAUGGUCAGCUCCUCUGCUGGUGCUGUGAGCGGUCACCACAGCACAAAGGACAUGUCACUGCUUCUGUUCAAGAUGCAUGGCCAGGUUACUGGGUAAAGCUCCUAAAAGCAAUCAGCAAACUGAAAAGCACAAAAGCCGAAUAUUUGCAGCUGAAACUAGAUACAACUCGGAAAAUAAGAAGUUGGGAGAAGAAAAUAAAGCGCGAGGAAGAAAGAAUACAUUCUGAAUUUACGAAUCUUCACACAUUCCUGCACCAGGAGGAGGAGUUUUAUAUGCAUAGACUAGAGAAAGAAAAAGAGCAGAAGUUGAGCAGACUGCAGGAUAAUAUAGCCUAUAUGGAUAACAAAAUAGAGGAACUCAAUAACGGCAUCCUGGAACUGGAUAAGAAAUGUCAGUGCUCAGCACGGAAUUUACUGCAGGGUAUAAAAGACACCCUGAGCAGGGUCUCAGCUAUCAAUCUAGAAAUACCAGAGGAUGUUUCUUUGGAACUGCAUACUGUGUGCAAUGUCUCUGAGAUUCACUUAAGUGUGAGAAAAAUUUUAAAACGCCAUCAAGUCAAUGUGUCUCCUGAUCCAGAUACCAGUAAUCAAAAGUUAUUGAUUCGAUUAAAUGAAGAGAAAACUACAAUUUACCCACGAAACUUAGUGGAAUCUCAAACUUCUAAAAGAUGGAAUGACAUAAUCUGCAUGCUGGGCCAUGAGCGUUUCACCUCAGGAAGACAUUACUUUGAAGUGGAGAUGGGAGCAGGAGCAGAGGGGGCUGUAGGAGUUUGUCUGGAAAAUGUGCCAAGGGACAUUGACAUAGCACGAAAACCUCAGUCUGGAUUCUGGGCCAUCAGACAGAGAAAGAGCAAGGGUUGUUCGGCCCUUACUUCUCCCCCAACCUUCAUUCCUCUGAGGAAUCAGCCUGAAGUUAUAGGGAUUUUUCUAGACUGUGACGCUGGGAUCAUAUCCUUCUACAAUGCUACUCUUGGUUCCCACAUCUACACUUUCCCAAAGGCCUCCUUUUCUCAUGCUCUCAGACCUUAUUUUGAGGCUUAUCCAUAUUUUUCUUUGCUCUGGACUUCCUGAAGUGAUCUAGAAAAAGAAAGUCUCCUCCUAGUUAAACCAGCAUGGGAAGUUCUUGGUGAAUCCAAGAAAUUGGAUCUUCUUUAUUCCCGGCUAUUUAUCUGUAUCUAGAAUGGUAUCUCUAACAUUUGUAAUGCAUAAAAACUGUGUUCAAGUAAUGUACAUUCAGGCAGUAACACAAAAGAUAAUGAGUGUGUACUAUAGUGAAAUAA